AAAGGGCUUUGACAUCAUCAUCAUCAUCAUCAUCAAGAACACGACAGGAUCCAACCACUUAGAACCCACUUGCAGUUGUCUCCGUAGAACAUGCUCUCACACUCGUGGCAAUGUGCCCUCUGCUGACAGAGAGCUGAUCCUCAGCAAAGUAUUUCCUUUCCAUAUAGAGAGACUUUACAGGAAUGGUGAAUUUGAAAUUAAUGGAAAAAUGUGAAUAUGUGAUUUAAACCGGCUUUGGUACGAGACAUAACUCGGUCCAACAAGGUAAAGCCCGGCCCAACUACAAAAGUAAUAUGGGCUUGGCCCAAACUAGAUCGGACCAAGUUCUAUUUUAAUUUUUUUUUAUAUUAUCAAAUUUGCCCUUUUCUUUUCUCCGUAGACUAAUAUUAUAAACGGUGGGGUUGUGAGUUAUGUUCCCUUCAAAAGUUAAAGCCCCUUUUUGUUCCGUCGGGAUAGACUUCGAAGUUUUGUCGGCGUCAUGGAGACGAGCUGCAGAGACGCUGUCGUGUCCGAACUGCAGAAGAAGAAAGUCCAUCUCUUUUACUGCUUGGAAUGUGAAGAACUCGCUCGCAGUAUCGCCUCUCAAUCCGAUCUUAUCACCCUCCAAUCCAUCAACUGGAGGAGCUUUGCUGAUGGAUUCCCAAACCUAUAUAUAAACAAUGCCCAUGAUAUCAGAGGUCAGCACGUUGCCUUCCUCGCAUCGUUCAGUUCUCCAGCUGUUAUCUUCGAGCAGCUCUCAGUCAUAUACUUGCUCCCCCGCCUGUUUGUCGCGUCCUUCACGUUGGUAUUGCCUUUCUUUCCGACUGGCUCCUUUGAGCGAAUGGAAGAGGAAGGAGAUGUUGCAACUGCUUUUACCAUGGCCAGGAUUCUCUCUAACAUUCCCAUCUCACGUGGUGGCCCGACUAGUUUAGUCAUCUAUGACAUUCAUGCUCUUCAGGAAAGGUUUUACUUUGGUGAUCAGGUUCUUCCCCUGUUCGAGACUGGAAUUCCGUUGUUGAAGAAACGCCUUCAACAGCUCCCUAAAGAUGAUAAGAUAAUGGUGGCAUUUCCAGAUGACGGGGCUUGGAAGCGCUUCCACAAGCUGUUGGAUGAGUAUCCCACGGUGGUUUGCACAAAGGUCCGGGAAGGCGAUAAAAGAAUAGUUAGGCUGAAGGAGGGAGACCCAUCUGGUUGCCACGUUGUUAUCGUUGAUGAUUUAGUGCAGUCUGGUGGCACCCUAAUCGAAUGCCAGAAAGUAUUGGCAGCUCAUGGGGCCUUGAAGGUGAGCGCUUAUGUAACUCAUGGUGUUUUCCCCAAGAGCUCGUGGGAAAGAUUUGCCCACAAGAACAACGGGUCGGAAAGCGAGAAUGCUUUCACCUACUUCUGGAUCACGGAUUCAUGUCCACACACGGUCAAGACCAUAGGAAACAGGACUCCGUUUGAAGUCCUGAGUCUCUCGGGAUCCAUUGCUGAUGCUCUGCAGAUUUGAUUUGAACUUAAGAUAAGUCCAGAUCUCUUCUGGGUUGUGUUGUGUUGUACUUUGGACAUGCUCUAGGUAAUGAGUUUAUGAAUAAUCUUGUCGUCCCGACAAGAUCAAGGAACCUCGUGUUCUGUUCUUGUUAAUGGAUCUUAUUUUGCAUUGAAUAGAAAUAGAUUUCGUUUA